GGGGGCAUGGUGGGAACCCAGGGCUGGUGGGACGGUGCCCAGCUCAUGUGUCUGUCCCGGCCUGGGUUUAUGCCCACUGGGGAAGUGCUGUCCCUAGCAGGUGCUCCCAGGGCGUGCCCUGGCAUCGGGCUAAGGGAGCUGCCGUGCAGCAGGGCAAGGUGCCCAGGACUGGGCCCAGGCCGGCUCCCUGCAGCGGGUGCAGUGCUGGGGUGUGGCCACCAGGUGGCAGGAGCCGGCCAGCUCCGAGCCUGGGCUCGCAGGGCACAGCGGGCUGUGGGCAGACGCGCAUGGCUUGUACUGGGGUAGCCUGGCUCCCGAGCUGCUGAGGGGCUGCUUGGCCCCAGCACCCACAUGUGCAGCUGGCCUAGUCCUCUGUGCAUGUGCAUGCGUGUGUGCGUGUGUCGGGGACGGGGUGCCCUCUCUGAGCCUGUGAACCGCGCUGCAGCCGUGUCGUGCCUGCCUGCCCGAGAGAGGGAGGGCGGUGCAUGUGUCCUGCUUGGGGCUAGGCCAGUGGCCCCCAGCAUCCAGUCCCCAGGUCCGGGGCAGGUUGUGGGGCUGCGCGAAGCCCAGCACCUGGCACCUCGGUUUGGGCAUGCGGGGAGUCGCUGGCCAUGGCGGAGGGAGGGCUGCAUCUGCGGGGCCUGCUCUGGAGGUUGUGCAGGGGUCUGAACCUGCACCAGGCACAGGCUGAACCCCCCCCACUGCAUGGGCCGGGAUGUGCCUGGGCUCCUGGGAUAUCUCUAGCCCACUCCCCCCUCCCCCCUGGGAAUGCAGCAGGUGGAGGGAAGGGCUGUUUACCUCGGAGAAGGACGUUUCUGUUUCCAGUCCCUCUGCACCAGCUGAGGUGGCCGGCAGGGCGAGGAUAAAAGGCUGCCGAGCACCACCUCAGUCCUGGAUGCGAUGGAGCUCCUCAUCUUGCUUCUGCUGAGUGUGGCAGUAGCUGCGCGCCCCUACCAGGAGGACGAUGGCGACAGGAUAAUCAGCGGGUACGAGUGCCAGCCGCACUCCCAGCCCUGGCAGGUCUUCUUCACCUACGGUGACAACUACCGCUGGUGCGGGGGGGCCCUCAUCAGCCCGGAGUGGGUCAUCUCCGCAGCCCACUGCUACAAGCCGACGCUGGUGGCCCAUCUUGGCGAGCAUGACACGACGGCCCAGGAAGGCUUUGAGCAGCACAUCCGGGUGGUCAAAGCCAUCCGCUUCCCCAAGUACAAUGCACGGACACUGGACAACGACCUCAUGAUGGUGAAACUGGUCCAGCCGGCCCAGAUUGACCCGUAUGUGCAGCCCAUCUGCCUCUCCCGCAGCUGCCCUGUGUCAGGGACCGAUUGCCUGGUGUCCGGCUGGGGGAACCUCCUCACGGAUGGCGUGCAAUACCCAGAGCGUCUGCAGUGCCUGCGGGUGCCCAUCCUCUCCGAGUCCACCUGCCGCAGCUGCUACCCUGGUGCCAUCACGCGGAACAUGUUCUGCGCCGGCUACGUGCAGGGCGGGAAGGACUCCUGCCAGGGCGACUCUGGCGGGCCGCUGGUCUGCAAUGGGGAGCUGACUGGGGUGGUGUCCUGGGGUGAAGGGUGUGCCCAGAAGGACAAGCCAGGCGUCUACACCAUGCUCUGCAACUACCUGCCCUGGAUCCAGGAGGUCAUGGCCAACAACUGAUGUGCUGGGCUCCUGGCUGUGCUGGAUCGCCCAUGCCUUCCCUGCCCGGACACGAGCGCUCUGCACGGAGGCAGGCGGCUGGACCAGAGCUGGGGCAGGGGCUGGGCAGGGGCUUUGCAGCAAACACCAGCCGGAUGGUGACAUGAAACCCCAAACUCACAAUAAAGUUCAG